AUGCUCUACUGGCACUCUCUCAAUUGUUUAAGACCCGAUGUUGUUAUAUACGAAGGUCUCGGAGUUCCAGUUUGUAUGAAUUGUGGUGAGAUGGCUCAGCCACUUGAUGUGGAGAAAGAUCACCAAGAUGAGCUAGACAUACCGCACUGUCCAAAGAGAUCUGACAUGCGAUUGAACUGGCCACCUUCUGUGUCAUACUCGGACGAUCCUUAUCGUUAUGACAAAGGGAGGCCACUCUGUAAGGCUCUAGAGCAACACUUGGAACAACUCUGCACCCAGAGCGGAGUAGGCGAUGCCACAACUCAUCCCCUUCUCCAACAUGUCAUCGAUCUACCCCGGGGUUUAGCUUCGUCGGCAAACACACCCGUCUAUGAGAUGCUUUGGGGCACUGAGAUCCGCGUUUUGAAGCUAUCAAGAGGCCAAUUUGAAACCCCUCUACACGGCAAUCUCGAAACCAUCAAACUCCAUAGCGAUGAGGCCCAGACUGAGGAAUCGAGUAUACUCUUAUCAGAUAAUGCUAAGGAUCGCACGUUGUAUGAAGCAAUAUCUUACACCUGGUCCACAAUCUCGGGAAACCGGCAGAAGGAUCAUACUAUCUUCAUUGGUAAAUCAUGGAAUGUGAUGCCAAUUACAGAAAAUUGUUUCGAUGCAUUGAGAAGUUGUCGACUUGAAGAUAAGGAUCGAUACCUGUGGAUUGACUCUAUAUGUAUCAACCAGUCAAAUGUUUCUGAAAGAACUCACCAAGUUGGACUGAUGAGAAAAAUAUACACUGCAGCUAAUCGAGUGUUGAUAUAUCUGAGUGUCGACCACGACAGAGGCGACUCGGCAGCUGUCAAAGACGAUCCAGAGAUCCUUUGUCUUAACCCUUACUUCUCCCGUAUAUGGGUAGUCCAGGAAAUAGGCUCGGCGAAAAAGGCCAUCGUACUAUACAAGCAGCAAUCGAUGGGUUGGGAGUUCUUCCACACAAACCUGCAGCGAUUGAUGACCCGGAAAUGGGUUCGACACUUUGGCCGCCCAAGGCAGAUUGAUGAUGCUGAAUCGUUCUUGGCCCUUCUCGAAGACACUUGGGAUUGCCAUGCGACGGACCCAAGAGACAAAGUAUUUGCAUUAUUAGGAUUGUGGAAAACGUCACCAGAGCCGGACUACAAACUUUCACCACAGGCUGUGUACAUUGGACUGGCUUCUAUGUUUGUGAUGAACAAGGAGGCUACACUGGCUGGAAGAGUGCUCGACAUGGCUAGCCAGGGUCAUUCGAUGGCUGGCCUACCAUCGUGGGUACCCGACUGGAGCGUCAAGAGUCAACAAUUAUACCGAACAGUCUGGAAGAAGACGUCGUUUGUGCCCUCGACCACCAUAUCUCGCGGACGAUCGAAGAGACAGAAGUUUCAAGUCCACAGGGGCACCGGGUCUUUGUGCGCUGUAGCUAUAGAAAUCGACAUGCUGGCACCAUACCUGGAGAAAGGUUUUCGUAUGACAACUGAAGGGAUGGCCACCUCAACAGUUGGGCAAAUCCGCGUCUCUCUACCUCUCCAUGUGGUAUCUAGAUGCGAACCAACGGAUAGUAUCUUUGAAGCCUAUGAGUAUGAGUUUUUCCUCAUCCUUCGUAAGAAAACAGAUACCCAUAUAUAUACGUUCGUUGGGCUUUGCGAUUACCAGGUAUUAGCCACUCCCUUGACGACGCAGGUCGAUGCGAUAAGAUACUUGGAUGACUGGGCAUGGCUUCUUGAUGGAGGGAGAUCAUGGAAAUGGUCGAGAUUGGCGAAUUGGGAGAAGACACAUAAAUGCUGGCUUCAUCUCCAGGAACAGCAGAGACUCGAACGUCGAGUAUGCCUGCGAAGGGUGAUACAUAAGGCGCAUUUUCUCAAGAAGCUUCAUUGGCUGGUGGAAGCUGCACGGCACAUUUUGCACCACGAUGAUGGUGAAGGGGACAAAAUAUCGGCAUUUUUCAAUCAGAGGUGGACAACCGUCUGCCAACAAUGGCGGAUCGCAGACAAUCUGCAAGUGUCACUCCAACGAGAGCACAGAACUAGGGUCCAGCAUCUCCUGCAGGGAUAUAAGAGCCUGGAUCCAUCGCCUAAAUCUCUUGAGACGACCCGAUUAACGCCUUCGAUGUGGUUACCUAUCUCUUCCCAUUGGUUCCAGUGGAUAGAACACUAUGGAAAGGAUCGGCUGUAUAGCUACUACCCACCACUGGCUGCCUGUAUAGAAAAAGAAUUCCCUUUACCUCCUCUAAAUCUGGUAGAUGCACCUGACAACCAGAUGUCAUUAUUUCUUGAGGCCGACCUCGAAACAGGACUCCGGCAACUCCAGCUCGUCGCCCACAAGUACCCCCUGAAUAUUCCAGAAAUGAUUGAGAAAAGCCGAUCCUACUCACUGAAUACACCUCAUGGCUACAACUUCAAAACUGAUUAUUUGGAUGCAUUUCUGCGCUGGGUAUCUAAACCGUGGUCGCCAAGCGUCGCUCUUCUCAAAUCCGAGUCCAACAUGGAAGGCAUGUUGAUCUGGGAAAUUGGGUUCGAAGAUAGGAACCAGCUCGAUGUCGCUCACAGACGGCUCGACGGAAACUUUGACAAACAUUUGUCAAAGCUAUCGGUGUCUUGUGGGAGCAACAUACUGUUUACAAAAUUCUUCAACUUUAUGUACAGGGAGCAAUUCGAACUUUUAUGGAUGUUUGCUUUCCAUAACUCUGAUAGUACCAGUACCGCAAAGACAAUCGUCAAAUUCCCUCUAUUCAACAUAGGUGCUGAGUUUGCACGAGUGUUCUGGUGGAGGUUCCACCGAAGCGUUGUCAAAGUGUUUGAGAUGCUUGGAGAGAAUGUGCCCACAGACGAUCAGGUUGAACAGAAAUGGAAUGAUUGUCUGGAUUGGUUAUCACAGGGAAAACUCCAAUCUCGCGUUGCAGAUUUCCCUAUGUCUGAACUUGAGUUCAAGCUGCGGCCCAAGUACAAUGACGCGAAUCCCUAUAGCCAAUGGCUACCAGACUUUUUCUCAAAGCUCAACUAUCAUGGGUCGUUUAUUUCAACACGACUGCCCGAAGCAAUGGAAGAACCUGAGCAUAUUGUUAGUGACUCUCGUCUACCAGCAACAGACUUUGCCGAGGAACAGCUUUCCGAGAUUGUGUAUUCAGAAAUACAGCGAAGAAGGCUUCCUGAGGAACUGUUUGCGUUUUUGUUUAAUGAUACACGUGUGAAUCAAGAGCCGUCCAAUUUAUCAUACACAAUGUUUGAAGCUAUGGUUGCUGGCAAACAGUCAUUUGUGUUGAGUACCAACAUUGUUAACGAAUGGAGGCAAGAAGAGGAGAAAUGGAAAGCGGUGGAGGCGUAUGUAUCAAAGUCUGAAUGGCAUAUGACUAGCUUGAAGUUGAAGCUGGUGGGGGGUGUAGCAGCAAGUGAAGAAGAAAGAGAUGGCUGGGGAAUAUACAAAGAGAUUGUCAUUGUAUAG